GAGAGAAUGGGAGGGAAACAAAGGGGAAGAGCGAGACAGAGAUUGAGAUCAGAAGAGAGAUAAAGCAGGGUUUUGUGAGUCUCCUUUCCCAAAACCCUAGCCCCGUCUCCGCCUCGAUCCACCGCCGUUGCCGCGCUUUCCCGGCUGGAUCUGGCGAUCUCCGGUGGGCUCCGCGUCCUGGAUCGAGAGACUCGAGUUCAGAAGGAAGUGAUUUUGGCGGAGAUCUUUUGGUUUCUAUAAGUCCUCCUUUCUUUGGACCUCUCUCUGUUCCGAGAUUUUGAGAGUUGAGAUGGUUUGUCGAUUAGGGUUUCGCAGUGUAGGGUUUUGAAUUGAUGAGAUCUACUGCUGCUUCGGGGAUGGAGGACAUGAAGCCAUCGAUUGCUUCACUCGCAGAUGACGACGGCACUAUGGAAGCUCGGUUUGCUGAUCUCUGCAAGAGCAAGCUGAGUCUCGAUGAGAGCACGUUGAGGCAGGCAAUGGUUUUAUUCAGGGAAAGUAGGCACGUUCUCGUGGCAAAUAUGUCGGCAAUUGGAAGUGGAUUGCCUGAGGAGAUCGAGAGGUUAUGGUCUGCAUUCAUUCUGUACUGUGUCACAAAGCUGAGCAAGGCGAGAUCUAAGCAAGAGAAGGAAGAAAAUAGUGUUUCGCUCUGUCAGAUAUUGAGAGCAUUUAAGCUGAAUGUUGUGGAGUUCUUUAAAGAAAUGCCACAGUUUUGUCUCAAGGCUGGUUACAUUCUAAGUGGUUUAUAUGGUUCGGAAUGGGAGAAAAAGCUUGAGCUAAAGGAGUUACAAGCAAACAUUGUUCACUUGAGUCUUCUAAGCAGGUACUAUAAACGGGCAUACGAGGAACUGUUCUUGCAAAAUGAUGCAAAAAGCAGUCAGGAUUCAGCAGUGUCUUGUGCUAAGGAUUAUGUUUCUGACUGCCAUCGAUUUGGAUGGUUGUUAUUUCUAGCUCUCCGCAUCCAUGCAUUCAGUCGCUUCAAGGAUCUAGUGACUUGCACUAAUGGAUUGGUUUCCAUACUGGCUGUACUUAUCCUUCAUGUUCCUGUCCGCUUUAGGAAAUUCGUUGUUCAAGAUUCCCCAAUUUUUGCUAAAAAAUCAGGCAAGGGCGUCAACCUUCUAGCUUCUCUCUGUGACAAAUAUGAUGCAUCGGAGGACGAAUUAAGAAGAGUGAUGGAAAUGGUAAAUAGCUUGAUAGUGAAUAUUUUGAAGAAAAAUCCAUGCUCACUUUUGGAUGGCAAAAAGGAAAAUCUAGCUCACAUUGACACAGAUGGUCUGACAUAUUUUGAAGAUCUCAUGGAGGAAAAAUCAUUACAGUCAAGUAUAGUUAUCUUGGAGAAAGAUUAUGAUGAUGCAAUUCUUAAAGGUGAACUAGAUGAGCGUAUGUUUGUUAACGAUGAUGACAGUCUUCUUGGCAGUGGAAGUUUGUCUGGAGGUGCUGUUAACAUUUGUGGAACAAAGCGGAAGUAUGAUGCGAUAACUUCCCCAGCAAAGUCUAUCACAAGUCCAAUGUCUCCACCAUGUUCUCCUGGAUCACCAUUAAAAGGAGGUCUUAUUGGGAUCUUUAAGAUAGCUCCCGCUACACCAGUUAGCACUGCAAUGACUACUGCAAAAUGGCUUCGAAGCAUUAUAUCUCCUCUUCCUUCAAGGCCUUCAUCAGAGCUUCUCCGAUUCCUUUCAUCUUGUGACAGAGAUGUAACCAGUGAUGUCAUUCAAAGGGCCAGCAUAAUACUUGGAGCCAUUUUUCCAUGCACCUCUUUUGGGGAGCGGUGUGUUUCGGUAAGUAUGCAAAAUGCUGCUCGGAUGGAUAGUAUUUGGGCUGAGCAGAGAAAGUCAGAGGCGCUUAAGUUAUACUACAGGGUUUUGGAGGCAAUGUGUAGAGCAGAGUCUCAGAUACUGAAUGGAAUCAACCUUACUUCUUUGUUAUCAAAUGAACGGUUUCAUCGCUGCAUGCUUGCUUGUUCAGCUGAACUGGUUUUGACUACACAUAAAACAGUUACUUUGAUGUUUCCUGCUGUUCUGGAGAGAACUGGCAUAACUGCUUUCGAUUUGAGCAAGGUCAUAGAAAGUUUUGUUCGUCAUGAAGAAACUCUUCCACGUGAGUUAAAAAGACAUUUAAAUUCAUUGGAAGAGAGGCUAUUAGAAAGCAUGGCAUGGGAAAAAGGUUCAUCAAUGUACAAUACCUUGAUAGUAGCAAGACCAACUCUCUCUGCAGAAAUAAAUCGUUUAGGACUGUUAGCAGAACCAAUGCCCUCUCUUGAUGCUAUUGCUGGGAGCUAUAAUGUUUCUGCUGCAGGCUUGCCUCUGCCUUUUCAAAAGCAGGAACAUUCACCAGAUCAAAAUGGAGAUACCAUAUCUCCUAAGAAAGCAUGCAAUGACUAUCGAAAUGUGUUAGUGGAGCGCAAUUUCCUAGCAUCACCAGUUAAGGAUCGUGCAUUUAACAGUCCUAAAUCUAAAUUACCUCCUCUUCAGUCUGCUUUUGCCAGUCCAACCAGGCCCAGUCCCACUGGAGGAGGGGAAACUUGUGCUGAAACAGGAACCAACAUUUUCUUUAAUAAGAUUGUGAAACUGGCAGCUAUCAGAAUCAAAAGCUUGAGCGAAUGGCUUCAGCUAUCUCAGCAAAUAUUGGAGCGUGUGUAUUGUCUCAUUCAACAGAUUCUCACUCAUAGAACUGCUCUUUUUUUCAAUCGACAUAUCGAUCAAUUAAUCCUUUGUAGCUUUUAUGGGGUUGCUAAGAUUUCUCAACUCAGCCUAACGUUUAAGGAGAUCAUUUAUAACUACAGAAAGCAACCUCAAUGUAAACCUCAAGUUUUUCGCAGUGUUUUUGUUCACUGGCCAUCGACAAGCCGAAAUGGAAAAACAGGAGAGGAGCAUGUUGAUAUCAUUACCUUUUACAAUGAGGUAUUCAUUCCCUCAGUUAAGCCCUUAUUGGUGGAAUUAGGACCUGGUGGUGUGAAUAAUAGAAGUAACCGAUCUCCUGAAGACAAGAUUAGUUCUGACUGCCAAAUUCCAGGAUCACCUAGGAUACCGCCAUUUCCAAAUCUUCCAGACAUGUCUCCAAAGAAAGUUUCUGCUGUUCAUAAUGUUUAUGUUUCUCCUCUGCGAUCGACAAAGAUGGAUACUUUGCUUUCACCAAGCUCCAAGAGUUACUAUGCAUGUGUUGGCGAAAGCACUCAUGCUUAUCAGAGCCCCUCAAAAGAUCUGUCAGCCAUCAAUAACCGUCUAAAUGGUGGAAGGAAGGUCAGUGGCAGGCUUAAUUUUGAUGUGGUGAGUGAUUUUGUCGUAGCUGGUACUCUCCAGGAUGGCAAUUCUGCCUCUUCAAGCACUGCUGCUCCUACCACAACAAGUGUUGCAAAAGCUGAGCAACCUGAGCCCUAAUUGCUUAAUGGUAAAUGAAUCCUGUUGAUUUUGCAAAGCUCGGAAUUGCUUCAUCUGUGGGCUCUACAAACUAGAAUAUAUUAGGUCAGUUUUAUCCCUAGCAGUGCAGACAUUACUGUUUUGUUGUCUUUCAUAGUUAAAAGCUAUUUUAUCAUUGUGUCCUCAUCUCCUUCUUAGUUGAAAUCAUCUCAUCUCAUCAUCUUAUCCUUUUCUAGUACAUUAUUACUGCAGCAUUGAAUGUUUAUUUAGAUUGGUUAUGUGAUUUUGUUUUGUGUCAGAUUUGAACCUGGAUUUGCUAUAGAAAUCCCGAGUACCCAGUCUUGUUCGAAGGAUGCAUGAACCCAUUUAAUAGUAAUUGCCAGCCACUAGAUGUACAGUUGUUCCUGUAUCAGUCGUUGGAUUGACAGUGAGAUUGUACUGAGAAGAUAGCUUGGCCAAUCGAGCCGCUACAUCUAUACACUAAGCUAUGCAUUUCAUUAUUAAAUUCUUAUCGUUUCUGUUACAUGAUGUUA